AUGAGUGGCGGGUCGGACCAUCCAGACGCGACGGACUCCAGUCCAUCCAGCAUGGCGGCUCCUGCCGACGCUCUGGUUGUCAAAUCGCCAGCUGACUCCUUCUCGUCGACUCUAAAGACGCGUUCGUCGACGCUGAGCGGCAGUUUUCGGAACGACGCUGCAUCUGACGAGAACUCGUUUCUUUUCCUGGGGAUUGCACAGAUGUUGCUAGGGGUCCUGAUGGCUGUGUUCGGUGUCCUGGCCAUUGUGCACAGCUCAUCCCUGUCCGAGGUUGGGGCUGGGUUGUGGGGUGGCGCUGUGGCCAUGGCGUCCGGGGUCGUGGGGGUGUUGGCGGGACUUCGGAGCUGUUACUCGGUGAGAAACUCGUCUCCAUCCACUCUGGCGGUCACGGCGUUCCUGGCGCUCUGCCUCGUAUCACUUGCGGUUAGCAACUUGGUGGUCGUACUGGCGGUGAUCGGGCUCGUGAGAGACGGUCAGAGCGCGGAUGUACGCACCAUAGAGGAUGGGCAGGUUACCUCUGAUGUCAAUAUUAAUGAUGGCCCCAACUGGGCACCCCUUUUGGCCAACUGUGGCCUGCUGCUCAUGUCAUGUGCACAAUGUCUAGUGACAGUUGUGUCUGGUUUCCGGUGCUACCGCCAGGUGUGCCCUUGUGCUAAACGGGGAGGUAGGAAGCAACCCUCUAGCAGGUGGCCCUUGCCAGACUCACCUGAGCCUGCAGGAUCGUUCUACAGUACAAGCAGCAAGGAGAUGCUCAUCAGCAAUUGGCUUGGGCAGCAACACAGGCAGAACAUGCUCCUCAUCACACAGCCUCCGAUCCCAGGACCCUGUGGACCGAUAUUCACUCUGCCAUCACCACCACCCAUUCCGCCACCAUCUCUGAUUGGCUACCACUUGCCAAAUGCUCCAUUUCUGAACCCAUUGGUGCCUCGACGGUACAUGAUGUCGAGACCGGCAACAUCUCUGAGUAACAACAUGGAAAGAGCACGGCGCAUACGAGACCGCAACAUUGGUCAAAGAGGACGCCGUGGCACAAAGAGGAGGAAGAGGGCCACCGCUUCACAGCCGGUAGAUCAGCAGAGACCAGUGACAGAGGAAGAAGUGGCUCAGACAUACACAGGGCUUGAUCGUGAGAUAGCUGAAGAGUUCAUAACAAUAGCCAUGGAACCAGGAUUGAAGAGGCAACAGUUUGCUCCUAAAGGUUGA